AUCAGUCAGCUCUUUGCUUUCGAACCAAGCUCAGUUUUAAAUCAAAAAACAAAAACCAAAAACCAUCAUGUUCAAAUACGCCGUUGUCAUCUGCGCCCUGAUUGCCUGUGUGGCUGGUAAGCCAGGAUUGCUCCACGCUCCUCUGGCAGCUCUUCCAGCUCCUGUCAUCGCUGCUCCUGCUCCAGUCGUCACUGCCGCCAGCAGCCAAGUUGUGGCCAGGACCUUCAAUGGCAUUGCCGCUGCCCCAGUGGUCGCCCAAGUUCCAGUGGCUCCCGCUCCAGUUUUGAGGACCCUCGCUGCUCCCUUAGCGGCUGCUCCUCUUCCCGUUCCUGCUCCUGUUGCCUUUGCUGCUCCUCUUCGCGCUCCCCUGGCUGCUCCCCUGGCUGCACCCCUGGCUGCUCCCCUGGCUGCUCCCUUGGCUGCUCCCCUGGCUGCUCCUAUCCUUAACAGAGUUGCACCAUUCGCUGCUCCCAUUGCCACACCCUUCGCUGCUCCGUACACCCAUCCCUAUGCUGCGCCUGUUCUGGCCAAAUACACCGCUCCAUUGGCUUAUGCCCCAGCACCUUUGAACUAUGCCGCGCCCGCUUUGUGGUAAAGGAAAAAACAUUCAGACCCCAGGGAUUAAGCAACCGUUUGUGUGUCCAAUGACUGAUAGCCCUUAAUAAAAUUCGUUAAAAUUAAAAA